AUGGCUGAGGGCGGCUGUUACCGGCUCCGCUGUUCUCUGGCCGGGCACGAGCUGGACGUGAGGGGGGUGGCGCAGUGCCCGCUGUCCCCAGGUGAGGGCUUCGUCUCCGUGUCACGUGACAGGAGUGCCCGCCUCUGGGCGCCGGACAGUCCCACCAGAGGCUUUGUUGAAUUGCAUCGUAUGAAGGGACAUUCCAACUUUGUUUCCACUGUAUGCUUUAUACCUCCAAGUGAUGCCUACCCACGUGGAUUAGUUGCAACUGGUGGAAAUGACAACAACAUAUGUGUGUUCAGCCUGGAUAGUGAAAGCCCUCUUUAUGUUUUAAAAGGCCAUAAGAACACAGUGUGCAGUCUUUCUUCUGGCAAGUUUGGAACCUUAUUAAGUGGAUCAUGGGACACAACUGGAAAAGUGUGGCUGAAUGAUAAGUGCAUGAUGACCUUACAGGGCCAUACAGCUGCUGUAUGGGCUGUGAAGAUUUUGCCUGAACAAGGUUUAAUGUUGUCUGGAUCAGCUGACAAGUCCAUCAAGCUAUGGAAAGCAGGACGGUGUGAGAGGACAUUCUUAGGACACGAAGAUUGUGUACGAGGAUUGGCAACAGUAAAUGAGUCUGAAUUUCUGUCUUGUUCCAAUGAUUCUUCUGUGAGGAGGUGGCUGAUUACUGGGGAAUGUGUACAAAUCUACUACAGUCACACAAAUUAUAUUUAUAGUAUAUGCCUUUUUCCAAAUUCCAGAGAUUUUGUGACUACAGGAGAGGAUAGAUCAAUGAGGAUUUGGAGGGGUGGAGAAUGCACUCAGACGGUCCGCUUGCCUGCCCAGUCCGUAUGGUGCUGCUGUGUCUUGGAUAAUGGAGACAUUGUUGUGGGAGCCAGUGAUGGUAUCAUCCGAGUGUUUACAGAGAGCCAAGAGCGGACGGCUAGUGCUGAGGAAUUGCAAGCAUUUGAAGAUGAAUUGUCACAAGCAACUAUAGAUCCAAAAAUUGGUGACUUGGGAGACAUCAAAAUAGAGGAGCUUCCAGGAAAAGAGCACCUAAGUGAACCAGGUACUAAAGAAGGACAGACCCGUUUAGUAAAUGAUGGUGGUAAAGUGGAAGCGUAUCAAUGGAGUGUUGGUGAGGGACGCUGGAUGAAGAUUGGAGAUGUAGUUGGUUCUUCAGGAGCUACUCAGCAAACUUCUGGGAAAGUCCUGUUUGAAGGAAAAGAGUAUGAUUAUGUUUUCACAAUUGACGUAAAUGAAAGUGGGCCUUCAUACAAGCUGCCAUACAACAUUACUGAGGAUCCAUGGCUUGUGGCACACAAUUUCCUGCAAAGAAAUGACCUGAACCCAAUGUUUUUAGAUCAAGUUGCCAAAUUCAUCAUUGAUAACACUGGGGGACAGACCAUAUCUGCUACACCUUCUGGAUUCUCUGAUCCCUUUACAGGUGGUGGACGUUACAUCCCUGGAAGUUCUCCUGCUUCUGCUUCUGGUGCUGACCCAUUUACAGGUGGUAACCGUUAUGUGCCUGGCUCCUCAUCAAAUUUGGUUCCCUCAGCUGGAGCAGAUCCAUUUACAGGGAGGAAUGCGUAUAGAUCAGCUGCUGCCCAAAUUCCAAAUACCUAUUUUCCAAAGAGAGACCCUGUCACCUUUGACCAAGCAAACCCAGGACAGAUUUUGGGUAAACUAAAAGAACUGAAUGAGACAGCUCCUGAAGAACACAAGCUGUCUGAGGAUGAUCUAAUGAGACUUGACAAGCUUCUCUCUGUGAUUGGUAAUUCCUCUGGAGAAACGGCAACUGCUCAACAAGUGGACACUUUAUGGAGAACAGUCAAAUGGCCUGAAGAAAUUGUAUUUCCAGCAUUGGAUGUUCUUCGAAUAACUGUCAAAAUUCCUACUAUCAAUGAAAUGUUUUGCAGUGAAAAUGGCAAUCAGUUCAUCAACUACCUCUUCCAAAUAAUGCGUCCGAGUGGUAGACAAGCCAACCAACUGCUUGCACUUCGGACAUUGUGUAACUGCUUUGCCUGUGAGGCAGGUGAAAGACUUAUGAUGUCUCAGAGGGACACUGUCCUAACAAAAGCCUUAGAACUAAAGGCAGUAAAUAAUAAGAAUAUCCAUACUGCGCUGGCCACACUGAUGUUGAACUAUUGCACCUGUUUAAAUAAAGCCAGUGACUUGGAGGGGAAGGCUCAAUGCCUGUCGGCUAUCAGCACAGUUAUGGAAGUUGUACAGGAUCUUGAAGCUAGUUUCAGGUUACUUGUGGCUCUUGGGACACUGGUCAGCAAUGAUUUAAACGCCGUGCAGUUAGCCAAGUCCCUGGGAGUUGAUGCACAAAUUAAAAAAUAUAUGUCUGUCUCAGAACCCGCCAAAGUUCACGAGUGCUGCAAGCUCCUUUUGGGUAAUCUAUAA